CCCGGCGCGGCGGCGAGGCGCACGGACGGGCGCACGGACGACCGCCGAGGGACUGGCCGCGGCGCGGGGCGCAGGCCGCCGAGGACAGGUGUUGGCUGCCACCACCGAGGACACCAUGAGCCAGUCUGGGUCCGUGAGCUGCUGCCCCGGUGCUGCCAACGGCAACCUGGGCUGGUCAGAGGGUGUGGCCAAGAUGAGCCCCAAGGACCUGUUUGAGCAGAGGAAGAAGUACUCCAACUCCAACGUCAUCAUGCACGAGACCUCCCAGUACCACGUCCAGCACUUGGCCACCUUUAUCAUGGACAAGAGUGAGGCCAUCGUGUCCGUGGAGGACGCCAUCCGGAAGCUGGUGCAGCUGAGCUCCAAGGAGAAGAUCUGGACGCAGGAGAUGCUGCUGCAAGUGAAUGACAAGUCGCUGCGGCUGCUGGACAUCGAGUCUCAGGAGGAGCUGGAGAACUUCCCCCUGCAGACGGUGCAGCACAGCCAGACGGUGCUGAACCAGCUGCGCUACCCCUCGGUGCUGCUGCUGGUGUGCCAGGACCCCGAGCAGAGCAAGCCCGACGUGCACUUCUUCCACUGCGAUGAGGUGGAGGCAGAGCUGGUGCAGGAGGACAUCGAGAGCGCGUUGGCCGACUACCGGCUGGGCAAGAAGAUACGGCCACAGACCCUCAAGGGACACCAGGAGAAGCUCCGGCAGCGGCAGUCCAUCCUACCCCCUCCCCAGAGCCCGGCCCCCAUCCCCUUCCAGCGCUAUGGGGACUCGGCUCAGGCCAAGAACCGCGUGGGCCUGCCGGAGCUGCUCAGCGAGCCAGGCCUCCGCCGCCGGGAGUCGCUGGAUGAGGAGCCACGGGCCGUGCUGGCCCAGAAGAUAGAGAAGGAGACGCAAAUCCUCAACUGUGCCCUGGACGACAUCGAGUGGUUCGUGGCGCGGCUGCAGAAGGCGGCUGAGGCAUUCAGGCAGCUCAACCAGAGAAAGAAGGGCAAGAAGAAGGGCAAGAAGGGUCCGGCAGAGGGCGUCCUCACGCUGCGAGCACGGCCCCCCCCUGAGGGCGAGUUUGUGGACUGUUUCCAGAAAACCAAGCUGGCCAUCAACCUGCUGGCCAAGCUGCAGAAGCACAUCCAGAACCCCAGCGCGGCCGAGCUCGUGCACUUCCUCUUCGGGCCUCUGGACCUGAUCGUCAACACCUGUGGUGGCCCGAACAUCGCACGCUCGGUCUCCAGCCCCUUGCUUUCCCGAGAUGCCGUGGGCUUCCUGCGCGGCCACCUGAUCCCCAAGGAGAUGCUGCUGUGGGAGUCGCUGGGGGAGACCUGGACUCGGCCCCGCGCCGAGUGGCCACAGGAGCCGCAGGUCCCCCUCUACGUACCCAAGUUCCACAGCGGCUGGGAGCCGCCCCUGGACGCGCUGCAGGAGGCCCCCUGGGAGGUGGAGGGGCUGCUGUCCGCCCCCGACGCUGAGCCUGCUCCGGCAAGCCGGCGACUGUCCCAGAAGCACAGCCAUACUUUGGAGCCCACACCCCCAGGGGACACUCUACCACCAGUCAGCUCCCCACAUACUCACAGGGGCUACCAGCCAACACCAGCCAUGGCCAAGUACGUCAAAAUCCUCUACGACUUCACAGCCCGCAAUGCCAAUGAGUUGUCAGUGCUCAAGGAUGAGGUUCUGGAGGUGCUGGAGGACGGGCGGCAGUGGUGGAAGCUGCGCAGCCGCAGCGGCCAGGCGGGCUACGUGCCCUGCAACAUCCUGGACGAAGUGCGGCCCGAGGACGCGGGCGCCGCCCUGGAGCAGGCCAGUCCGAAAUACUGGGGCCCCGCCAGCCCGACCCACAAGCUGCCUCCGACCUUCGCGGGGAACAAGGAUGAGCUGAUCCACCACAUGGACGAGGUCAACGACGAGCUGGUCAAGAGGAUCAGCCACAUCAAGGCGCAGCCGCCCCGGCACCUGCGCGUGGAGCGCGCGCCGCCCGCGCGCCCGCCGCUGUCCUACGAGUCGGGCCCCGGCGAGGUCCGCGCCUGGCUGGACGCCAAGGCCUUCAGCGCCCGGACCGUGGAGAACCUGGGCAUCCUGACCGGGCCGCAGCUCUUCUCGCUCAGCAAGGACGAGCUGAGGAAGGUGUGCGGGGAGGAGGGCGCCCGCGUGUACAGCCAGCUCACCGUGCAGAAGGCCCUCCUGGAGAAGCAGCAAAGCGGGUCGGAGCUGGAAGAACUCAUGAACAAGUUCCAUUCCAAGAACCAGAGGAGGGCAGAGGACAGCUAGACCUGGCUGCCCCGUGGCACCUCACCUGCAGCAGAGGGGAGGCCACACCCGCAGCGGCCCCUCAGCGCAUGGAGUAUUAUUUUUACAUGUGUAUGUAUUUCCUACCAAGGACACCAAUGGGCUGUGGUGCCAGGUGGGGGCCCCGCACCUGCCUGGCACAUGGCCUGUCCUCAGGCCCAAGGACACCCGCAGCCCCAGCCCACACCAAAGCGGACCUCAGCCAAACCUGUGACCCUCGGUGCCAGCCCCACGUCUGCCCGCCCUGAGGCAACAGGACGCCCCAGGAGGGGUGGGCCUCAUCCUCUGUGAUGCCCCCUGUCUUCAGCUGCACCCCCAUGCCCCAGAGCAGGCCAGAGCUCCCACCCGGCUGGGCUGGUGACCUGGCCUCCAGAUGUGCCCCCCCCCCCCCAUUGUGCUGCUCCCCAAGGGCGGCUGGGGCUCCAGGACAGGAGGCGCUGGGUGCCAUGCUGGGAUGGGCACAUGCUCUACCCCCUCCCCUGUCAAGGACUGAGGAUGCGCUGGCCACAACGCUGGCUUCAGACACCCCUGCUGCCCACCCCACAGAGCCCGAGACAGGAACUCUCUCUGACCAAGUCCCAGGCCAGCUGAGUCCUGCAUGCUGUGCGGGGGGCUGAGGUGUCUUGGAGCUCUGGACCGAGAGUCACACCCCAGAGAUGAGAGGUGGCCCAGGCUCCACAGCUAAGUCAUUAAACCAGGUGUCUCCUA